UCGAUUAAUAGCCAGCAUAGCACUAGAAACUGGAAAACACAACGCAUUCGGACUACUUCUGAAUAUGAAACGUAUAACCCCAGUGUUUCAAUAGCAAACAACGAACGAUUGCUGUUGUUACUGUACGUGCUGUGUAAGAUACCUGCAGUUCGGCUGGAGUGGUUGCAACGAUUAUAUCUUUCAGCGCGGCGAGUGUACCCGGGGUUUGACAAGAUGCUCAAUGCCGCUGCUGCUGAGAGGAACAAGGAGCCCAUUUUAGCGGUGCUGCGGGAGUGUGUGGACACGAAUAGACCAUUGAACGCUCUUGAGAUUUCCUCGGGUACUGGUCAACAUGUCACUCACUUCGCACAAUCCCUACGCAAUAUUCUAUGGCAGCCGUCAGAAUUUGAUCGGCAGUCCAUCGCCAGUAUAGAAGCGUACAGAGCACACUAUAACCUGGACAAUGUGAAGCCCGCCAUCCACCUCGAUGCCUCGCAGCCCAGUGAACACUGGGCUGGGAUCCAGCCCGAGUCUCUGGAUCUAGUCCUUAACAUCAACAUGAUCCACAUAUCUCCUAUGGCCUGCACAGAGGGGCUGUUUAAAGGAACGGGCGCCAUCCUAAAACCACAAGGGGUCCUGCUGACAUAUGGGCCCUAUGCGGUGAACGGGCGGAUCACCCCUCAGAGCAACAUCGACUUUGACUGCAGUCUCAGGCAACGGUGCCCUGACUGGGGUCUCAGAGAUGUCUCCCUGCUCAGUUCCUUGGCACAGAAGAGUGGCCUGUUCCUGGAGAAAGUGGUCGACAUGCCUGCCAACAACAAGUGUCUUCUGUUCCGGAAGGAAAGCUUGGUGUGAAGAAUCUGCUAUUAUUCCUUCUGUUGAUGCCACCUCAAUCUGAGAUUCUAUUCCAGCUAAUCACCAUGCAUUACUAUGUCACUUCCUGAUCAGGAUGACCAAGAAUGAACAUUUGACCAGUUCUUUAAACUAACUUGACCUAUGACUUUAUCCCUAUCCACUCUAGUUCAGUUUGGUCCCAAUAUCCUCCAUUCCGUAGUAUUCACAUUUCACAGAAUACACUUGUGCACAGAUUUUAUACUUUGUAUAACUUCAAACUGUAUGGCUCACUCUUGUGCUUGAAUAAAAAUGAACACAAACAAG